AUAGGUAUACCAGUACCCAAUCAUACUUUCCCAAUAUAUCUUUAUCUUAGAAAUGGCAGGAUUCGUUCAGAAGAUCGGCAAUUUGAUUCACGACAAGCCGGCGGAAGCCCACAAGGACGGCGAGAAGUCGUCGGAAGCCCACCAUUCCAGUCAUCCAGAGGCUGCCCACAAAGACAAAGGACUCGUCGAGAAGAUCAAGGACAAGAUCCACGGCGAAGGGGAGACGAAACCCCACGGCAAUCCGGCGGAUGCCCACCAUUCCGGCGAGGCGGGGCACAAAGACGACAAAGGAAUCGUCGACAAGAUCAAGGACAAGAUCCACCACGAAGGAGGCGAGAAACAGGGCAAGGACAAGAAAGACAAGAAGAAGAAGAAGGAGAAGAAGUCCGGGCACGGGCACGGGCACGAGCACGGCGGCGACAGCAGCAGCAGCGACAGCGAUUAGACCCGUUCACCGGCGAUGGAUCGGAGUUCUUUGGGAUUCUGAUGAAUAAAUGAAAUGUGUACGGCCGCUGGGAUUGUUUUGUAAUUCUGUAAUAUUAUGAGGACAUGUGUGUUAACAGUAUGUAUUCCUCCUUUGACAUUAUCAGCUAAUAAAAAAGUCUUUGUUUUUGGUUGUAUGAAUGAAGUACUUUGAGGGGAGGGGAGC